AUGAUGAAUGUUCCAACGGUUUUCCGAGAGAUUUCCGAUGAGUCAAGGUUUAAGAAAAAGUUAAUUACCUAUUCUCGACUGUUCGGACUCCCUUCAUUUCCAUCUUUCUUCUCUUCUGAAACCCCUAAUCUCCUCCUCUCGAAAGCGAUUCUCGCCGUUACAAGAUUCUUCUCUCCUUAUUCUUCACACCCACUGAACUCGACUCUUCCAUUCUUCUCCUCCUUCUUCUCUCUUCCGCCGACUCGUCGUUCUCUCUACCGCCGCUCGUUCUUCUCCCCGCCGCCGAAUCUCACUUCUCUAUUCUUCUCUCCCCCGCCGCCUCGUCCUUCUCUCUACCACCGAUUCGCCCUUCUCUCCGCCGCCGAUUCCCGCAUCUCUAUCCUUCUCUCUACCGCCGCUUCGUACUUCUCUCUGCCGGGGAUUCUCGCAUCGCCAUUCAGUUUGGUUACAGUUUUCUUUGUUCUUGGUUAUUGGCUCAGUUUCUCUGUUAGCUUGUAUCUGGUUGAUAGUUUGUCUGGAAAUGUUUGCCAAUUCUACAAUUGGGACCCUGAGUUGACUCCUCUCGUUCGUUCAGAGUUCAACGCACAUGCCACGAAGUUGUACUCCGACCACCUCUAUGCGUGGAAGCAGAAGUAUUUAAAGGGGAAAAAGCCAAAGAAUAUUAACUUGGAUGUCUUCGAUGCUCUCAAGCCUUACUGGGAUAAGCUUGAAACCCAAGCUACUUCAGCUACUAACUCAAAAUACCGUAGAAGUGAACGAGAUGGCAUGGGAAUGUCUACUCAUAAUGUUGGUGCCCAGACAAUCGAAGCCCGAGAAGAAGAGAUGCUUUUAAUAAGUUUGAUCCUCUUGUUUGCAAGACGAUCGCGGCCCCAAGGCGCGGGAGUUUGUGGACAACGUGAAGAAUAUCGUGGAGGAGAGGAUGACACAUCGCAUACAAGAAGGCUUGGGCCCGAGAGAAUAUCAACGAAGUGGUUAUUGAGAAUGCUCUUGUCAGCAAAAACCGCACGUACUGUUUGGGAAAACUCGUUGAUGAUCCUGUCCGCCAAACUUCUUCUAGCUAUCCACCCAACUCUAGCCUUGUCUAAGAAGUGA